CUGUCACAAUUAAAAAUAUUAAAAACGUCAAUUUAUUAUUUCUAGAAAACUAUUUUUUUUUAUUUUUAUUAUGAAUUGUGAUACUGCAGUGAUGAAAUAAUUUUAUCAAGUGAAGUAUUUUACUCUUUAACUGCCGACUUAGCUAUUUGAAUCCAGAAAAUGAACCAAGAAAACAGCAGGAAAGAUUUUCCGGAUUUCUUCUCGGAAAGAGGAGAACUCCCGAUUACUGUAACACCAGUACAUUUUGGAAAUUCGAUUUACUGGAUGUCGUCUCUAGUUUCUAAGGACGUUGAUAAUUCAGUUAAUAAUUCUCAUCUGAAACCAUACGAUGACAACGACGUGGAUUUAGUCAACUGUGAAGAUAUGGACGAACAUUAUGAUAUAACUCUUACGAAAUCUGGAAAGUUCACGACAUCUUUUUACGUGCCCUCUAGUCUGUUAGCUUACAUAAUUGGAGCAAAAGCUGUUAGAUUAAAGAACCUGGAACGAACCACAAAUACCCAAAUAAAAGUCCCGAAACCCAAUGAAAAGGGAAACGUAACUAUUACUGGUGAUACUGAAAGAAAAGUGGCCUCGGCCAGGACUCAAAUUUCCAUUAUUGUCACACAAAGAAAAGAUAAACUGCCAAUCAGUCAUUUCGUAUCAAUUCCAGUGUCUUCCAACGAAAUCCGUAUGAAACUAAACGAAUUUAAAACCGUCGUUUUGAAAGAUCCUUCCCGAGGAGUAGCUGAAUCGUUAUUUCAAAAUCCCGAGAAACUCCAUCUUACCAUCAGUACUUUAACUCUCGUAGACGAAGAAGAAAUCAGUACAGCGAAAGAAGUACUGCAAAAUUGCUACAAAGACUGCAUAAGUAAGCUCUUUAAAAAGGAGAAUCGUUAUAGAAUCCAUUUAAAAGGCUUAGAAAUCAUGAAUGAUGAUCCGUCCAGCGUUAAUGUCUUGUAUUGUAACGUGUUCAUGGAUAAAAAUGAUGAAAACGAAAAGUUACAAACAAUAUCCGAUACAAUAGCCGAGUAUUAUUCUAAGUCUGGAUUAGCUAAAAAGCAAUACGAUAGAGUCAAAUUACAUGUAACUCUGAUGAACACAAGUUUCAGACACCCUGAGGAAAGACAAGAAAGCUUUGAUGCGGUAGAUAUUUUGAAGAAAUUCAAAGAUUUUUAUUUCGGUAGUGUGGAUUUUCAGAACAUACAUUUAUCAAUUAGGUUUACAGGCAAGGGUAAAUACUAUGAAGCAGAGUCAAUAGUAAAUAUUACGAAUUAAGUGUAAACAUCAAAUAAAUGAAACAAAUCAAAU